CAUGUCUGCCUAUACUGCCACACUCCCUGCCAUGGCGAUGAAGAAUUGAAUCUCUGAACUUAUCUUGAGACUUUUCAAGUAUUUCCACAAAAACUUCAAGGGGCAGGUGCAGCAGAAAUGACUCAGCAGUUAACAGCACGGGGAAUUCUGAUGCCCAGCACCGACAAUAUGGAUAACAACCUCCAGUCCAUGGAAACUGAUACCUGUUACCCUCUUCUGGGCUCCAAUGACACCAGGGCCACUGUGGCUGUAGCAACCUGCUCAACAGUAAGGAAAGGGAACCUGACCUUGGAUCCCUAGUUCCUGGGUGUCAGGAACAGUGAGGAUUCGUUCCCCUCUACUGAACCCACUGUAGACUUUCUGAGCACAGAGCAUCCUGUCAUCUUCAAAGGGGAAUAAGGGCUGCAUCGUGUGCUGUUCUGAGUGAAGAAGAGCACCUUCCCAGAUGGCCCUUGCCUCUGUAUGCUUCAGUCCUCACCUCCAGGAAAGGCAGGCAUUAGAAGUGUGUAAAGAGAAGUCCCUGCGGUUAGGGAGGAACGCUUCUGCCCAAGGAUUAUCCAAGAGCUUUGCUUUACAUGCAGUGGGAAAUUCAACACGACUUCUGAAUCCUCACCUUCUCUAAGAGGUCAUCCUACAUCUCUGUAAGUUCCUAUGACUUAAAGGACAGCGCGUUAUUUUACUAGACACCAGGAUGACUAGGUACAGAGGUCUGGUGUGCAAGUUGAGGAAUACAGUGCAAAUUCAGACGAGCACAGCGGAACAGUCAGUAGCAUGGGCAAGCCGAAUGCCUGACUGCCAGGUGGACAGCUGCAGCACCCUCUCUCCGACCUUCCCCUGCAGUCUUCCUGGCUGCUGGCUUCCAAGUUGCCCUAAGGAGAAAGCCUGAAAUACCCAUGAGAUAUCUGGCCCAGCCGGUUUUUUUGUGGCUGGUUUUUAAAACCCAGUAACACCCUGCAUGCUCUGGGCUAGCGAAAUAUAGCACGUUUCUUUCAUUGGAAGUUUUUAUAUUAAUAAGCCCAAUCCUGCGAAGGUGAGCCACCACUCCAUAAAUAUACACCACCAAAACAAUCGCCCAAUUUCAGAAGAAAGUCUAAAGAAAGCUAGACCCAGAGCAGCGGCCUGCUACGCCACGCCCUCUUGGGGGCGGAAUCAAGAGAUGCGCCUGCGCAAUGCGCCCAUGCUGUUCGCUCCAACCUACAACCAGAAGAAAACACUGCGUGGACUGUCUGUCCAGCUGUCUCCUGCUGCAGAGGCAACCCCAGGUACGCUGCUCUCCGACCCCUACUCUACACCCACCCAGCCAUGUCGUCUUGCAGCCGCGUGGCGCUGGUGACCGGGGCUAACAAAGGCAUAGGUUUCGCCAUCACGCGUGACCUCUGUCGAAAGUUCUCGGGGGACGUGGUGCUCACGGCCAGGGACGAGACAAGGGGCAAAGCCGCGGUGCAGCAGCUGCAGGCAGAGGGCCUGAGCCCGCGGUUCCACCAGCUGGACAUCGACGACCUGCAGAGCAUCCGCUCCCUGCGAGACUUUUUGCUCAAAGAGUACGGGGGACUGGACGUGCUGGUCAACAACGCAGGCAUCGCCUUCAAGAAUGCUGACCCAACCCCCUUCCACACUCAAGCAGAAGUGACAAUGAAAACAAACUUUUUUGGUACCCGAGAUGUCUGCACUGAGCUGCUCCCUCUAAUGAAACCCCGAGGCAGAGUGGUGAAUGUAUCAAGCAUGCUGAGUCUCAGGGCCCUGAAAAACUGCAGCCCGGAGCUGCAGCAGAAGUUUCGAAGUGACACCAUCACAGAGGAGGAGCUGGUGGGGCUCAUGAACAAGUUUGUGGGGGACACAAAGAAAGGAGUGCAUGAGAAAGAAGGCUGGCCUAAUAGUGCUUAUGGGGUGAGCAAGAUUGGGGUGACAGUCCUGUCAAGAAUCCACGCCCGGAAAUUCAGCGAACAGAGGAGAGGGGAUAAGAUCCUCCUCAAUGCCUGUUGCCCUGGGUGGGUGAGAACAGACAUGGCAGGACCAAAAGCCACCAAGAGCCCUGAAGAAGGAGCAGAGACCCCCGUGUACUUGGCCCUUUUGCCACCAGAUGCAGAGGGACCUCAUGGGCAGUUUGUUCAGGAAAAACAGGUUGAACAAUGGUGAACUCAACUCUCACCUCUUCCCACAUCACCUCUCCAUCUUUGUAUCCUUUUGGUGGGGGCUAAGGGACACUUGAUAAUAUCCUAACACAAUAUACUAAUUUAACACUCAUUAACUACUUGACUGAUUGACCUUUGUAAUUCUAUGAAUUGUUUUAUGAUUUUCUCUAUGAUACAAGAUGUGAAAAAGUAAAUUCUGGAAAAUAAUAAAAAUACAUAGCUGGUUCUUUAAGCAUAA